AUGGAUAUAGAUCCGCAGCGGAAAGAAGAUCUUGACUGGCCAAAGCGAUGGAACAUCAUACUUGGAGUAGAUGGUAGACUUUUAUACUUACACCAAGAUUCUCAAUUGCAAAUCAUUCUUUGGGAUAUCAAAGCAAGCAAUAUUUUUCUUGAUGAGAAAAUUCAACCAAAGAUAUCAGAUUUUGGUUUAGCUAGGUUGUUUCAAUUUGAGGAGACUCGUGUCAAUACAAUUAUUGCAGGGACACUUGGCUAUAUGACACUUAAGUAUGCUCUAGGUGGUCAAUUAUCUAUUAAAGCAGAUGUUUACAGUUUUGGUGUUGUCAUUUUAGAAAUUGUGUGGAAGAAAGAACUCUAA